CGUAGGACGGUUACCUUACAGAACCGAUUGCGAAGUUUAGCUCUUCGGUUUUGUUCAGCUGCUCAAAUGACACUAUUAAAGUGUCAGCAUUGUGUUAGAGAGGAUAAAGCAGCAGAGGACACAGAUCAUGUGGAGAAAAUCUUGCCACCCGGCUACAGUCAUCUACUUUGUCAUCAUGAACUGCUGGAAAUGUCGGGGGAUAUUGAAAACUUCAGAGCGGCUCUUAAAUUGCAGAUGACUACUGAGGAGCAGGUCCAGAAGUGGUUGGAGGACUUCCAGAAGUCCUCAGCUUUAACAUGGAGGAAAUCCAGGACAUACCCUGACUCUGGACGCUACAACAAAUACAGAGUGGAUCUGAGAUGCCAGCACAAAACAUACAGUUCAUCAUCCAAGACAACCAAAAAUACCAACUGCCCUGCCACCAUGUUUCUGAUUCUCAAGAGAUUUAUGUAUGAAAGAAAGUCCAGAUCAGGAGACCCACACCUUGAAGAGGGCUAUUUCCUUCAUGUGAACUUGAGGAAUGAACAUAAUCAUAGACUGAACACAGCUGAGGCCAUGAGGUGGAGAGAUGUGUCGAAUGACACCAUUGAAAAGCUACAACAGCUCUACAAAAGUGGUCACUCUCCUUCAUCUGCACUCAAGAAUAUUAAAUACAGCCUGCAGGAAGAGGAAGGCGAUAACUACAUUUACGCUACUGCGGAUCGAUCCAUCUGCCCAGACCUUCAGUUUUGCUACAGAUUAUACCACAAGCUUUUUCAGAAAGCAUGUGCUGAACCUGCAGGGAAGGACAUUUCAGACGAGCUUUUUAAACCCUUAGAGUUGGAACAAUCAUGGGAGACAGCGGCAAUGACAGCAGAAGGACACACCGCAUGCAUUGAAGAUGGAGUGUCUGUUGAUGCUGUGCCAAUCAUCACUACAGCAGAGCAUUUCACAGAAGACAAUGAGCCAGGCCCAAGUGCAGCUGAAGAGGUUGUUGGGUCUUUAGAUGGACAGCUUGAGGAGAUUUUUGGGAUGCUGAAAAAGAAGCUGAAUGAGGAUGCAAGUUUUACACCGCCUAUAAGAGCUUUUGUGUCCAGUUUCUUUCAGAUAAAGACUGACAGUGCCCUUCAGGCAUCACUCUUUUCCUUUGGUAAGACCACUCCGAUAAUCAAUCAGAUCAAUGUACUACCAGCUACAGGUCCAUGGAGAAGAGGGGCUUUGGCUGGACGAAGAGCUGUUGGCAGACCUCCAAAGAACUCAAGAAGAGAGCACCCAUACUGCAACAGCAGAUCCAACAACAAUCCCCAAACUCUCACAUUCUGUUUGCAAGACAAUAACACCCUUGAGAAGACAGACUAACCUCCUGUCCCCAACACCUCCGCCACCAGCAUGUGGUGGGUUAAGAGAUCCAAACACUAUAUAGAAGCUAUUAAAUCAAUAAGCCUUGAGAAGCUUGGCAUGGACAUCAUGAAACCUGAGCAUUACAAGAAAUCAAAGAGAAAACAUUGUUUGUAAUUUUGAUCAUAAUGUAAUAAACUGGCUCCAUUCAGGUAUGAAACACCCACUUUUCACCAUGCAGUCAAUUUACUGAAUAAAAAUUAAGUUCCACCCUUCAUUUUUCCCCUAUUCAUUGAAUGUUCUGUUUCAGUUUGUAUUGUCAUAUUAUGACUUUAUAUAAUAAUUGCACCUAUGCUGGCCACCAUAUAUUUCAAGGUGUCCAGACACCUGUAACUGUUACUUUUUAACAACCCUAUACAAACAGAA